AUGUUGCAUGGUCUUGGACCUGUUCACAUUUCUGCUCAUACAGUAGUCAUGGAUGGUUCACGGGUUGCACAAAGUCUCGACUCUCUCUGGUUCUACACUAACGUCUUCGCCUGCAGUGAUGACCCUGUAGUCCCUUUGAUUGAUCAAUUUGCAACUUCAAUCCACGCCCAAGAAUCUCCCGAGAGAGAUUUGCAGAAACCCUUUACCCCAUUCCGUGUGAAUCUCCAAGAUGAGCCUCGAAAUGGGGAGACUUUGACCCCUGAGUGUCACAUAUUUGGUGGGCUUUCGUCAGCACCAAGUAGGGAAAGAAAGAAGAGAGAGAGGAGAGAGAGAAGGAAGUGGAACAAGUUAGGAAGCAAUGUGGUUGAUGGAAGGGUUGAUUGGUGGUUUGAUAAACUUGAGGAAGAAUCAUGCAAACAUCAAGCGGUGCUUGAUAUUCAGCAGCAGCAAACUAAGAUGCCUCCGUUUGAUGAUGCUGAGGCAAUGAAAGAACAUCUCAAGUCAUGGGCCUAUGCAGUUGUUGCAAGUGCACUGUCAGAUGAAAGCACUUUGGUCGUGUUUGUCGGUGUUAGGCAGAAGAGAAAUCUCUUCAGAAGUGUAGGCUUUCACACUGCAGAUGAUACAACAACCCGUGUUAAUGACUUUGGUCCCAAUUUUGAAUUGCACAACAUUAAUUCUGAAUGUGGUGGCGGUUCCAAUCCAACCACAAAUGCCACAUAUUCUGAAACUUUUUUCACUUGA